AUGAAGCAUCUGUACCUGCAACCAGCGGCCGAACUCUUAGAAAUAAUGUUCAAAAGAAAAAAGAAAUUUGGCGAGAGAGUACAAAGGCUCGAGGAAAGAGUAUUCAAAGAUACCCAAAAAGCACAGCAACUGGAGUCUUUGGCGAAUCAGUCACUGCCAAAAAAGUCUUCUUCGAUAAAUUCGUGUGCUCAGGUUGCGAGCUACCAGGAGACUGCCCUGCAAGACGAGCAGUCUAAUCCAUUCAACCCUAUAGCUGUCGUUGUUGACACAGCAGACUCAUCAGACAGCAGUGAUACGAGAACGUUGACUUUAAAUGAGAAGUUUAUCGAGGAUAUCGAUCCUGAUGUAGACCGUCUAACCAGAGUUUUGAGCCACCUCGGUAUCGGAGAACAUAUGAUUGAUAAGCCUGUGGCUGUGGAUGGAGAAGAUGUGGUUCGAAUGAUCCAGUAG